GGCUCACAGGUCCCCGUUCUAACAUAGGAAAACAACUGGUUUGGGGAAGCUGUCUGAGGACACAUGUAGAAAUCUACUUGAGUUUUACCUUUUGUAGAUAAGGCAAGUUCCAGGGUGCUGUCCUGCUGUCCUUAUGGGGAUGGAAUAUUACCCUGAUACUAUGAAUUGAGAAGAUCCUGGCUGGGUCCCCAUUAUCACCAGUGAGCUUCAUGUUUAAUAAUGCUUCCUGGAGUCCCUGAUCAUUUUUCUGUAGAUAGUGACUGGGUGGCCAGGAUUCUGAGAGAGCAGCCUGAGGGGGCAGGCACAGCAGAGCUUACAUGAGACCAAGAGAUGGCCCAGUGUUUUAGAUGGGAAGAUCAGGGGCUGAGUCACAGGGAGACUGAGAGCUGGUCGAAGGUAUUCUCAUUCUUAUUCUUGUACAGUUAGAUGAAUGGAUUUUUUUUUUCUCCAUCCAUCUGUUGUCUUACAUGUGCUAGAGAUUUCUCUGCUCACUUUUAUGUGGAAGAUAAACCACAGCUCUGGAAGAAGCAAGGACAACCCUGUGAGACUUCUUUGGCUCAGCUUUGCACCUGUAGCAGACAUCAUAGCACAGCACUUCUUCCUGUCCAUGGAGCAGGUCAACUGGCUGUCACUAAUAUACCUUGUGUUAUCCAUCCCAUUUGGCGUGGCAGCCAUCUGGGUUCUGGACUCUGUUGGCCUCCGUGGAGCAACUAUCCUGGGUGCAUGGUUGAACUUUUCUGGGAGUUUGCUACGUGCUGUGCCGUGCUUACCUGUCCGGAUCCCCAAUUUCUUUGCCUUCUUCAUGAGUGGUCAGAGCCUCUGUGCCCUGGCCCAGACCCUGGUCAUCUCUUCUCCAGCCAAGCUGGCUGCCUUGUGGUUUCCAGAGCACCAACGAGCCACAGCUAACAUGAUCGGCACCAUGUCAAAUCCUCUGGGCCUCCUAAUUGCAAAUGUGCUGUCUCCUGCCCUAGUCAAGAAAGCGGAAGACAUCCCUAUGAUGCUUGGCAUCUACAUUGUUCCUGCUGGCCUUGCCUGUCUGUUGGCCACUGCCUGCCUCUGGGAGAGUGUGCCUCCUACCCCACCAUCCAUAGGGGCUGCCGGCUCUACUUCAGAGAGUUUCCUCCAUGGGCUCAAACUGCUCAUACAGAAUAAGGCCUAUGUCAUCCUGGCCGUAUGCUUCGGUGCUGGCAUUGGUGUCUUCUCUAGCUUCUCAGCCCUCCUGGAACAGAUCCUUUGUGCCAAUGGCUACUCUAAUGAGUUCUCAGGCCUCUGUGGGGCUCUCUUCAUCGUGUUUGGAAUUUUGGGGGCAUUGCUUCUAGGCCUGUAUGUGGAUCGGACCAAGCACUUCACUGAAGCCACCAAGAUAGGCCUCUGUCUGACUUCCAUGACCUUUGUGGCCUUUGCUCUGGUAUCCCAGCUGCAGGGACAGACCUUUGCACUGGCUGCCAUCUGCUCCCUCCUUGGGCUCUUUGGCUUCUCAGUGGCACCUGUGGUCAUGGAGCUGGCAGUUGAAUGCUCAUUUCCUGUGGGUGAGGGUGCCUCUGCUGGUCUGAUCUUUGUCCUGGGGCAGGCCGAGGGUGUGCUCAUCAUGCUGCUGUUGAUGGCACUGACUGUGCAGCGAACAGGUCCAUCCUUUUCUACCUGCCAGCAGGGUGAGGAGCCUCUGGACUGGACAGUGUCCCUGCUGCUGCUGGCUGGCCUAUGUACCCUUUUCACCUGUGUCUUGGUGAUCUUCUUCAACACCCCAUACCGGCGCCUGGAGGCUGAGUCUGGAGGAUCCUCUUCACCAACAGUGUGUGUCAGAGAUCCAAGGGAUAUAAGCCCCACCCAAGUGCCACCACUCAAGACUCCUGGCCUGACACCUCCAGAUGAAGCCUUGAAGGAAGAUCUUGGCCAUGCUUCUGUCUCCAAAGGACAUUCAGAAUGGGCAAGACUGUGACCAGAGACAUCUAGUAAAGAAUAGGCUUGCUAAGGUCUCUUUGUGCCAGCUGUGCUAAAAGCUCUGACAGGGACACAAAGUCCUUAACAGACCCAGGGUAUGACAAGAUGGUCCUCAGGAAGAUGAUGAUGGAAUUGGAAAUAACUGGUAUUAUAUGGAUACUGGUCAGUUAGGGUGGACUCUGGCCAAGCCAUACAUGUGGUUACUGCAAGAGAGCCUGUGCAGGGGCAGAGGGAGUGAGUUAGGGGCUCCUGGCAUAAGACUGGGGGAGUUCUGAAGGCUAUGGCAUGACUAGUCUGAGGUAGACAGGUGUAGGAAACUUGUCUCUGCUGUAUGACCAGGCACUGAACCUGAUUCUAAAAUAGCACAGAGGGUGGUAAGCUUGUCUGAGUAGAGUAAGGGACAUAUUCUCUGCAAUGAACAUGCACAGGAAAGUCUGUGUGUGCAAGUUUAUUGAGCUAGCUGCAGGUUGCAGCCUGAAUGACAGGGCAGCUUAUAGUUCCUCCUCUGCAUGGGUAAGCAUAUAGCUCAGCACUUUGUAAUUUAGGUUGCCAGCCAUAUUGAAGAAGGCAAACUCCAGCAUCUGAUUCACCUGAGAGUGAGCCCAAGAUAGGUAGGGUACCGGGGGGAACUCACAUUGGUGGUGGAAGGAGGAGGAGAGACAAGGUUCCUGGGCUCCAGCAGCCCAGACACAGUAAAUUACAGGCACUGAACUUCUUUUAGUGGGUUCCUGAGUCUUGUUUGACCUUUCAGGGGUAAAGAGGGUCUGAGGGCCAAGGGCAAGGCAAGGGGAGGGGCUGGGGAUGUAUGCAAGGUUAGGUCAGAAGAGGGAUUGGAGGAAGUGGAGCAGAGAGGGGUGGGAGAAGGGAAGGUGAAGGGGGAAGAGGAUGGAGGGAAGAAAGGGAUGGGAUACAGGGAGUAAUGUGAUGGUAGAGGUGGUGGUAGUGGUAAAUAAAUGGUAUAGACAUGCUGGAAA